AGACGCCAGAACCUCAUGCAAAUAGAUUCACACGGGUCUGUGUCAGUCAUUUGACUUAUACAGCCGACAAAUAGGAGAUGAAAGGCAGGGUCUGGGCUUGUUUUUACUGAGAAGGGACAGAGAGGAGACAGCACUGAUAUGGGUGAGUCCCAGUCGAGGUCAGUGAUGCUUCACCAUCAGGAUAAACCUCUAAACUCGGCCUACGGAGGGCAAGGAGGCACAAAGAACAGUUCCUCCUCUUCACUUCGAAACAGGAAGUGCGACAAAGACGGCAACUUCAACUUCCUGCCUGGCAAAGAUGACGAGGGCUUCACAGGCAACGGAGGGGGAGACGAGAACCGAAACCAGGUGCGACCCCGUAACUUGGGCCCGUUGGGUCGCGACCCUCCGAACUCCUCGCCGUCCUCUGGGUAUCACCCCAACUCGGGAAUCCUGUCGCCACGAUCCCGCCUGCCCUGCUGGAGCCCCCUGGAGCCCCUGCCCGAAAUUGAGAACGUGGACGACGGGUACGGGCGAGUUCCCCCCGAUGGAGCGGAGGAAGGGAGGAUGGAGGAAGAGGGGGGACAGGUGAUGAUGAGUCUGAAUGAGGAGAAGCAGAGGGUGAGAAAGCAGCUGCAGAGGAGGAAAGGCAGCCAGGGAUUCAGAGGAAGAGAGGAAGAUGAGGAUGAGGCAGGGAUGGAGGACCCUGACGAAUGGGGAGACAGCGACUCUGAGUCUGAGAUCAGCUACCGGUCCGGCAGCAGCAUGUCCUCCCUCAACAUGGAGAGCGGAGGAGAGGGGAUGCUGAUGGGAGGCUGGGACCGCAUCGGAGUCGGGGAACCAAAAUCGAACCACCAGGAAAGUGACCAGAGCAGGAACGGCAACAGAGAACCAUCUGCGAGACCCCGAAGCUUCAGCCGCAAGUCCCUGACGGGAAGCAACCUGGGAAACCUGGAGGAAGGAAUGGAGGACCAAGACGACGAUGACCAGUCUUCAGACUCGGACGGCGAGCUGCCAGAGCUCAUGGACGCCGUCUGGACGCUGAGGGACCGCGAGCGCUUCAAGGCCCAGGAGAUGGAGAAGCACCAGGUGCAGCUGACCAUGUAUCGCCGCUUGGCUCUGAUCCGCUGGGUCCGCACGCUGCAGGGCCGAGUCCAGGAGCAGCAGAACCGCCUGCAGUCCAGCUUCGACGUCAUCCUCACGCACAGGAAGGAACUGCUGCGCAUGGGCGCCGCCGCCGCAGCCGUGGCCAACGCCGCACCCACCGCCACUGUCGGCCAGUCAUAAACAGAAGAAGAGAGGGGGGAGGGACUGACAGGAAGUGGGUUAAAACAGCAUUUUUGCUCUGUUUGCUUCUUUCCUGACGACAUUUCCCCCGAAACAAAGACAAUCUCCCAUCAUCCUGUUUGACGUUUUUAUGCUUCACUCAUGUUGCUGAUUGUAAUGACGCAAAAACUUGUGUUUUUGUUGAUUUUGUCCCACCCUGAGCAUCAAUAAAUGUAUUCAACUCAUCUUCAUUCAGGAGGACUUGAACCUUGUCCCUUCACCAAAACAAAAUGUAUGAUUUCUGAUCAAAGCAAUGGAAAAAAAUGAACACUUUAUUGUUGGAUUAUUCCAAUGUUUAUAUCAAAAAUGUUCUAUAUGUGUGAAUGCUGUUAUUGUUUGUCUUGACUUGUCAGUAGAAAACACCUGCUGUACCAAAAAAGUACUGGAGAAUAUUAUAAAUUUAACACUGCUAGAGAUGAUUUAUACCCUGAGAUGCUGUAUAUAUAAUUAUAAAAGAUUAAAAUAAUAAAUAAAAUGACCUUAUACCUUAA